CCCGGGCCGAGUCAGGAAUCACCUGCUGAUGCAGCGGAGUACUUGUUUGGUGGUGAGCGCAUCAAUAUUACAACUCCGCUCGGAUGCAACCCUCCAGCCCCAGAGUCUACGUGGAAUAGCCCCGGAGGUGGCUUUGAGGUGGCUAGAUCCCUGACUUUCGUGAUGCGGCUACCAUACACAGUUCCGAACAUCUACCGUACAAAUAAAUGGCUAGGCCAAUCAUAGGUCUUUUUCUUAUCCUCAAGAGGGAGUCGUGGCGUUGCUGAAGCUUCGAUCAGUGGUCAAGUAUGUACUACAAGUCACUCUUCCCUGACCCGCCAAAGGUCCCAGAAUCAAACCUUCACCACUUUUGCUUCGACCGGCCUGAGCAGCAGGAUUGGCCAGAUUAUACAUUGUUCGUGAAUGUGGCUACUGGCCAGCGGCGUUCAUUUAGGGAGUUUGUCGAGCGUGUCCGUGAUGGUGCUACUGCACUGGGUACUGAUGUGAUGCAAGGUGGCCUAGGUCUUCGUCCAGAGAAUGAAGAGCUUGUAGGCAUUCUGAGCGAGAACUGCCUAAAUUAUAUUGCGUUGGUGCAUUCGCUGCUAGUUAUCACAGUUCCAUUUGCACUGUUCUCAUCGUACUCUACGCCUUACGAGUUUGAACGAGUCAAUUCGCUCGCACAGGCAACUAGGAUUUUUACCAGUCCCUCAUUGCUGCCACUCGCCUUAACCUCGGGUCUCCCUGAAGAUAGGAUCUACAUCCUAGAAGGGGAAUAUAAAGGUUACACAAGUUAUGACCAGCUCGUCUCCUCUGCUCGCAAGAAUAACAUUCCACGGCUGCCGGUCCGUUAUGCUAGCAAGGAUACUCUGGCCUGCCUGAUCUUUUCCAGCGGGACGAGUGGUCCGCCCAAAGCCCUGAUGGUAUCGCAUGGGAAUAUCAUCCAUGCCGCCCUAGGAAUAAUGGUAUACGGUAUGGAAUCGGUUAAAAUAGAAGAGCCAACGAUAUGGGACUCCCCUGAUGGGCUUGAAGUUCGCCUCUGUGUCCUUCCUGUCUACCACUCGUACGGCCUCUACACGACCAGUUUUGUCAACUUCCUCAAACGCUAUACGACAGUCAUGUUACCGAAGUGGGACGUCAAUUUAUUUUUCGACAGUAUUCCAAAAUACCGUAUCACGACCAUGAGCCUCGUCCCGUCACUUGUACACCAGGUCGUUCACCAUCCUCGCUUCGAAACUGCCGAUUUGAGCUCGAUUAAAGGCAUAGGCAGUGGCGCUGCAUAUCUCCCACCUCAGCUCGCCGCCCAGCUUUGCGCCCGCUUGCCAGGUGUGAAAAGAGUUUUCGAAGGUUAUAGUUUGUCCGAAUUCAUAUCAGUGGCUAUGAAACCCCUUCCCGGCAUGCUCGAUGGACGGGCAAAGAACAAACCUGGCUCCGCCGGAAUUCUACUCUCUGGUGUCCAAGCUCGCAUUCUCCGUCCUGAUGGGUCUCUCGCAGGCCCAAACGAGGCAGGUGAACUCUAUGUACGUGGGGCUGCCAUGGUACUUGGAUACAAGGGAAAUAUCAAGGCCACACGGGAGACAUUUGUCGAUGGGUGGCUGCGUACAGGCGACCAGAUGCGGAUUGAUGAGGACGGAGUGCUUUUCUUUGAGGACCGCAUCAAGGACACACUCAAAAUUUCGGGGGUGCAAGUUUCCCCUGUUGAAAUCGAGGACACGCUUCUGGCGCAGCCAGACAAGCUGAUCGUCGAUGUAACUGUCGCAGGCGUUUCAGGCGGGCGUACCUCAGACGAACACAUUCCGCGAGCAUGGAUCGUGCUUUCCCCGGCAGGCGCGGCGCUUGGUGAGAAAGAGGUUAUGGUACGGCUUGAUGCAUGGGUGCAGGGGCGGCUAAGUCGGUAUAAGUGGUUGAGGGGGGGGAUCGCGUGUGUGAAGACGAUUCCAAAGUCGCCAACUGGAAAAGUGUUGAGGCGGUUGCUGGUGGAUGAGUACGUAAAGGAAGGGAAGGCGAAGGCGAAACUGUGAAGGUACUUUUGUAGGAUGACAAAUUUCAAAUAAAAGGACUAGUAGGUACUUUUACAUAACUGCGGGCUGCGGCGUCCAACAUCCAUG